UUCCUUUGAUGGUGGGCGGUGGAAUUUUAUUAAUGUUGACAGUAGGAACACGUAAAAUCGUUUAAAAUUCAUUGAAUUGUCACCGAAUGCAAUCAGAAGGGCAAAAAAUGAAUCAUGGACGAUAAUAGGGGAAUGCCGAAGUGAUAGAUCGGUCCAUUUUUAGGUCAUGGUGGGGGAAAUGCUUUGAUUGCCGAUCCGUCGUAAGAACAAGGGACAAGAAAAAAGGAGCAUCGUAAAUGUAAAAGAUGGCGGCACAAUGAUAUCUUGUUGCAAAUUUGCAAUUUUUUGUUGAUAAACAAAGCCUGCUGGCUGAGUGGCGCUUUCAAUCUGGACGGGAGCGUGCUUGACGAUGUGAUUUAGUGGUGCAGAGAGGUGUCGAGCACAUUUCGGCCCACCAAUUCGACAUCGAGCUCACCCAGUGGACAUUCGCAAGUGAUAGUGAUUGUUAGACGCGUUUCGUCCACAUUUAUGUGAACUUUAUCUCAAGAUGAAUCUUUGUCCGUUCGAAAAAUAAUGUUUCCCAGUUUUUUGCGGAAUUUUCAUUUAAACAACGAAAAGAUGGCUCUGUUCGAGUUCGGUUAGAACACAAUCGGUCUCAGCCUCAAACAAUGCCUACAGUGACCGUAAGGUAGUCCUACAUUCCAGGUGUAAAUAAUAAUAUGCGAACCAUGUGCUUAAAACCAGUGAUAUAGUUCUUCGAGACGAUUGGAAGUGCUGUGAAAAAUGUCUCAGACCCCAAACAAGUCGCUCCAGAAGAUGUGCAAAUCACCAAAGAAUACCAAUUUUCACAUUAAACAGGAAAAGAUUGAAUACGAGAACAUGAGCACCAACUGCACAGUGGUUGGAUCCAACAAUCUGAACCUCGUCAAGAAGCCGCAACUGUUGGCCAAUGUGUCGCCGGCCUACUCUAUGCCGAGCCCCAACUAUCCGCAGUCGCCCUACUCAUCGCCAGCCAGUCUCAAGUCGCCUUCGCCCAGUCUCAAGCCCCCUACGCCCCAGCCCAACUUCCCGCUAAUGCAGAUCAUCCACAACAAUCUCGUCAGUCGCCCUUUGCCGGCUGCUCAACCGCAGAAUAUCAUCAAACUGAAGCCCCAUUUGAACAUUCUACCAAAACCCAGUGCCAGUCCUCAACCAUCACCCAAACCCAGUGUCAGCCCCCAGAUUGUCAUUCCGACGGGAAAUCAACAGUCAGGAGGCGCCACAGCCACCCUGAUGCCCACCGCACAGCCGCUUCUCCUUAACCAGAUGCAAAUGUUGGCCGCCCCCGGUGUCCAGUUCAUUCUGCGGCCGCAAACGGCCACCCAAAUGGCAACUGCCGCCCCCAAGCUGCAAUAUUCUUCGCAGGCCAACUCGCAGGCCCCUCAAGGCCUAAUCCUGCAGCCGGCCUGCGCCCCGCAACAGUUGCUGCAUUUGGGCGCCCCAGCUAGGUCCCAACCAAUGGUGCGGGUGCUGGCAAAUGGCGUCCAACUAGCCCCGUCUACCACCACUUACGUCACCACACAGAUGCCCAAUCAGCCCAUCAAUGCCACGCAUAUUCAGCAGACGAUUGUGAACAAUGCUCAUCAGCAGCAGCAACACCAACAGCACCAACAGCACAUCCAGAUUCAGCAGCACGUGCUGAAGAAGAAGCCCAAGGUGAAGGUGAAGAAAAAAUUGGACCUGGCCAAUAUUAUGAAACUCUCAGGCAUUGGAGACGAGGACGACAUUCAGUUCGAGAGCGAUACUUCGCAGAGUGAAAGCGAUCACAACUCGGUACCUACGACUCCCCAGCCCCAGCAGCCCGUUACUCCUACUGGCAGUGUGCCGGGCCAGCAUAUGGGGUAUGCGCAGCCCGACUCCAAGAAGAACAUACAGAACAUUCAGAUCUCAUCCAUGCCACAGCCUACCAUUAAUGCAGCCACGCCUGUAGUACAGUUGCUCAACCAGAACUUCCAGAGCGGCAUGAUUUCGAACAGCAGCUCGCAGGCGACUGCAGCUGCUCAUGCCAACAGCGGCCUGCCCUUCAACUCCACAUUUAUCACUCCGAACUUCACCAUCAACAAUGGGCUAAUGUUGCAAAGAAGCAGCGGAUUCAAGCUGACGGUUGGCGAAGAUGGACGGCUGGUUCUACAGCACGAUCCCGCUCUGAAUCAGGAGCUCCAGAACCAGCUAAUUCUGCAAAGCCUGCUUGGACUGAAUGGUAGUCUAGUACUGCAGCCCUCCAUGGACCAACAGACAGUGCAGCAAACCGUGCAGACCAUUCAGCAACAGUCGGUGCAGACCAUACAGCAGCAGACAGUGCAGAGCCAGACCAUCCAGACGGUGCAGCAGCAAACAGUGCAACCGCAAGUGCAGCACACUAUACAGUCGUUGCAGCCGCAAAUACAGCAGCAGACUGUGCAGCAAACCAUCCAGCACCAGACUGUCAAUGCGCUGCAGCAGCCCAUGCAGAUCGUGCAGCCUCAGCCAAUCCACAGCUUGCAUUCACAAGUUCCUACUGUGCAUAGCAUUUCCCAGUCGCAGGUGCACAACCUGCAAUCGCAGAUCCAAAGCCUGCUUCAGCAGCAGCAGAAUAUAGCUGUCCAAGCGCAGGCUGUGCACCAGAACGUUCCUCAGAAUGUCCACUCUCAAGCUAUGCAAAACCUGCAGAAUGUGCAAAGUAUGGCGCAGGGCUCCGUGCAAAAUAUGAGCCAAAGUGCGGCGGCUUCUGUAGUUGCUCAAAGUGCCGCGGUUCAAAACAUGACACAGGGGGUUCAAAGCGUCCAAAACAUGCCACCAACACCGGCGCAGCCAAUUCAGACCUCCGUGCACAGUGUGCAGGGAUUCCAACAAGCGCACACUCAAACGACACAGCCGGUGCUGAAAGUGCAGCCCUUCCUGAAAAGCCAGCCGCCCGUUCAAACGGUGCAGCCCAUUCAGCACCACUCGCACCCGCAGCAGCAUAACAAUAUGCAGCAGGAGAACCACCAGCCGAAUCCUCCCAGCAACUCCACCUCCUAUGUGGUGAAUUUAACCCCUGAGCAGCUUGAGCAGCUCAAAAGAAAUGGGCAAGUGACUGUGAACGGACAAACGAUUUUCAUGCAGCGUCCCAAUAAGGACCAGGGCGAGAAGAAGCUUAGUCCCAAAAUGAAGUCCGUGAAGAAAGUAAGUGAGAUCAACAAGAUUCAAGGCAUCAAGUCGCUGCUGCAGGACAACGUUCAAGGCAUGGACAGUAUGGGGGAUCGAAAACCUGCUCCGGGAGGUAUGGAGCAAAUGAAGACUUCGCCUCCGCAGCACGUAAAGCCUGUGAGCAGCCCCGUCGCAGCCCAGCCGCACAAGCACAUUCUGCCCCAUAAUCAUGUGCAGCCGUUGCAGAAUAAACCGCCACAGCCACAGGCUAUGGUGCAACCAUCAGUGCAGCAUGUGGCUAAAAUGGAUCGGCAGAAAAGUCCCUUGCCGUCCCCCAAGCAGCAGAAAGUGAGCCCGACGAUUCACUCAUUGCAAGACUCGAACGGGACGAACUCCAGCCAUGAUGUGGAUAAACUAUUGGGGCAAAUUCUGGAGGAAAGUGGGGGCGCCCUGGCCGCCAACGGCGGCAACAAUCACAAUCUGGAGCGGCAGCCCCAACAGAGGAUUACAACCAUCCAGUUGACGCCCCAAAAGCAGCAGCAUCUGAAGACAAUUCAGAUGCAGAUACAGACAUUGUCGGCCCGAUUACAGCCCGGCGACACCGAGGUGCACAAUGCGCUUAAAAGGCUCUUUGCUGAACAGCAGAAGAUUCUGGCCUCCGGCAAGCUGCUGCCCCCUGAUAAGGUUUACUACCUGAACAAUCAAUUGACCAUCGUCAAUCCGUCCACGUUCAACCUGCCCUCUCCAGUCAGCUCAGUGAAAAGCGAACCGCCCAGUCCGGGAUUGAGCGCCAACCACAGCAUCAGUCGGAGCAACAGUGCGGAAGCUUCGCCGCCAACACCGCAGCCAAUCAGCUCGGGAGCCCAGUCCCACACUUCCCCACGGGUUUCAGUGUCCGUUUCCACCUCGACGGGCGACCUGCCCGCCCAUUCAACUAUUCACCAUCACCCCAGCCAAGCACAACUUCACCACGUUGCCCCAGGGGUGCAGCAGCAGCCGCCCCAUGUGCCGGUCAACCACCCAAACCACGUGAUCAAUCAGCGUUUGAACGCCAUCAAUCAGGUUUCCCAGCUGCCGCCCUUGUACUCCAAGCAGGCGCAACUGCACUCGCCCCAGCUGCAUUCUCCCAGUUUGCAGCAAGUCAAUUCGCCGCAGCUGCCGUCGCCCCAACCGCCUCAGUUGCACAAUGCACAAGGGCCGCCCAAUCAACUGCAUCUGCAACCAAAUCAAAUCAGUCCUGCGCAGGCGGUGAAACCGAAGCAGCCAAGUCCGAUCCCACAGCAGGCGAAAAAUCAGCACGCGUUAAAUCAGCAGCUGUACCAACAGCAGCAGCAGCAGCAGCAUUUUCAACAUCAGCACCUGCUGAACCAGCAGGCCCACAAGCAGCAAACUGUGCCGACUGUCAAUCAGCAGCUGUCGCAGGCCAGAAAGGCCCAUUUGAUCGAGUCCCAGUUGGUGGUUGACCAGCAGGGGGCGACCAACCCAAACGUGCAUCAGCCGUUCAGGGAUAAACGGGACGCCUGCAUUCGCCUGAUGCGCUACCAUUGCCUGGACCAGCCCGUUCUGUCCGAGCAGGACCUGCACAAGGCGGACGAGAACUUCGAGCUCAAUGCUCAACAUUACAUUACAAAGUUCGAUCGGAUGAUCGACAAGUACAAAUACCUGCUGAUAAAGGAGAGCAUGAGGCACGUGCAAACCUCGGAGCUGAUGAUGCUGGACCGGAUGUUCCUGGCCGAUGAGCAACAGUCCUUGAUUAAGCUACGCCAGGACUAUGAAGCCGAGUACCUGAGCCUGGUUGCUGACCCUACGCCAAACGCAGCUGCGCAAGACAAGGAGGCAACUGGUCAGCAACACUCACAGCAAAAUGAGACUGAGUCGUGCAAUGAGGAGUACGACGAGUGGGCGUGUAUCCAGCGCGAACUGGGCUGUUUGUCCGAUCUGAACCAUCACCCACAGCACCCGUCCAACAAUCAUCAUCACAGCAUGGGAGCGCAGUCGGCCACCCAGUGCACAGCAGCACAAAACCAGUACAACAGUCUGAAACGCACGUCGAGCAGUGAUUCGCGGCUGGAAACGUUGAAGCGGUUUCGCGUGGAUAAGCACACGAAAAAACACGAACCCCUUGUAAUCAGUGGCGGUGUACAGUGUAGUGGCAGUGUGAUGGGAAAAGGAUCGCCAGGGAUGCACAACCAAUCAAAAUGCGGCUACGAGUCGAAUUCCUCGCAGGCCAAUAGUAGCUACAGCAGCUACAAGGAGGAGGAGUCGGAGAAUAAUAGCAUCGAUGAACAGGUGCAGAGUGCCAUCAACAGCAUUCUGAAUUUGCAGCAAACGCAGCUGCAGCAACAGAACAGCCUGGAUCUGGACAGUAUACUGUCAUGACGCCAUCUGGUAUAGGUCGAAGUAAGUGGUUAAGUAAGUAGAUAGUAAGGAUGCGCCCCCUCCUUUUUCCGGAGCAAGUGCUUCCUUGGUGAGGCUCAAACGGCUUGGUAGGCGGCGGGCGGGUGGCGGUCUCUAACGGCAGCUAAAGACUUGAGGUGUGAUAUUAAUAAACCUUCGGUGAAAUUAAAUGAAACUAGCAUUGUGAUAUUGUAAGUAAGUUUAUUUAGAUUUAAACUGAACUGCUAAAUGUUAUUUAUUCUAUUUAUUGACAGGACCGCGUAUGUGAUAUGGCGGUCACUCUAUGUUUGUUCUGAUUGGUCAUAGCCUGCUCCCGCCCCGCCCUUGCCAGCUCGCUGUCGCACAAGAUUAAUGUACAAACACUGCAAAUUAUUCACUAAAACUGUGUCAAGCUAAUAAUGAAAUAGUCGCUAUAGAAAACUCUGUUAAGGUUUAAAGUUGUCGCAAUCGUCUAGAGUGGAGUAGUUUUCCCGGUUUUUCAUUUUUUUUUAAUUCACUCCCGCGGUCACAGUGAUGACAACAAAUGCCACAGCAAUAACUCUUGAUCUAGUUUCGCCCUGAAUAUCCACAUUAUACAUGGUGACUCAAAGUCAAGUCACAACAAUGACCUCGUGAAUAGGUGGUUAUUUUAUACUUUCAGCUCUUAAAGACCGGUGGUUUCGCGUUUUUGGAGCGCCUUUUUCGUGUGGAAAACAAUGGGUGCGUUCAGAUUUUUUAUUUUCUGCAGUUUGGCCAUUCGGGGUGAAGCCGGACUGAGGGGGUACUAUUUUUAAUUUGUACCAUUUUUAACGCUUAACACAGGGCCGUCGGCCUUUACCCCACACAUAGACACCCUUUAUCUAAAAAAAAAAAAUUAGGAGGGAAUGGAAAGUUUAUUUGUUUUAAUAUGGAAUUCGACAAAGAAGGCAUGGAAUACUUUUUUUU